AUGGAAAUGCUCAGGCGCUUCUUCAUUUCACUCCUUCUCUGCACCUCUCUCGUUCUUGCGGCGGAUACUGCAGCAUGGAGAUCCCGCAAUAUAUAUUUCGCACUGACCGACCGAGUCGCACGGUCUGAGAGUGACAAUGGUGGCUCGGCAUGUGGUAACCUUGGAAACUACUGUGGCGGUACAUUCAAAGGUCUCGAGUCUAAGUUGGACUACAUCAAAGGCAUGGGGUUUGAUGCCAUUUGGAUCACACCUGUCGUCAAGAACAGCGCAGGAGGCUACCACGGCUAUUGGGCUCAAGACCUAUAUGCAGUGAACGAGAACUAUGGCACAGCAGAUGACCUGAAGAGCCUUGUUGAUGCUGCUCACGCAAGGGGCAUCUACAUGAUGGUCGACGUCGUCACCAAUCACAUGGGACAAGGUGCGAUCAGCGAUAAUCGGCCUUCCCCUCUGAACCAGGAGAGCUCAUACCACCCUUACUGCGACAUCAACUAUUCAAAUCAGGACAGCAUCGAGGAAUGUCGCAUCGCAGGACUGCCUGACGUCUACACGGAGAAAAGUGAGAUCCGAACACUCUACCAGGACUGGAUCAGAUGGCUCGUUGCCGAGUAUGGCUUCGAUGGAGUUCGCAUCGACACUGUGAAGCACGUCGAGAAGGAUUUCUGGCCCGGCUUCGCUCAAGCAGCAGGCGUCUACUCUGUAGGCGAAGUCUGGGAUGGCAAUCCAGAAUAUCUUGCUGGCUACGCAUCAUUAAUGCCUGGCCUUCUGAACUAUGCGAUCUAUUACCCAAUGAACAACUUCUAUCAACAGAAGGGCUCAGCGCAGGCCAUUGUCGACAUGCAUUCGAGGAUCGACUCUCUUUUCCCGGACCCGACCGCGUUGGCCACCUUCCUGGACAAUCACGACAACGCGCGGUGGCUGUCGCAGAAGAAUGAUGUCUCUCUCUUCAAAAACGCUCUGGCCUAUGUCAUACUUGCUCGCGGAAUCCCUAUUGUCUACUAUGGUUCUGAACAGGGUUACGCUGGUGGCGCGGAUCCGCAGAACAGAGAAGAUCUCUGGCGCUCCAACUUCAACACGGACGCAGACCUAUACCAGGCCAUCAGUCGCAUAUCUAGCGCACGUUCUGCUGCAGGCGGCCUGCCCGGCAAUGACCACCGUCAUCUAUACGUCUCCAACAACGCAUACGCCUGGAGCCGAGCCGGAGGUGACGUGAUUGUUUUCACCACGAAUACCGGCAGGGGCACGGGCGGACAGUAUUGCUUCAAUUCUCAGCGGAACAAUGGGCGGUGGAACAACGUCUUCGGCAGCGGAGUGGUCACCUCUGAUGGCAGCGGUAACCUCUGUGUGAGUAUCAAUAACGGCGAGCCUGUUAUCUUGGUCGCUGGCGAGGGAGGUGGCGGUAGCACCACUACCUCUGUGCCCACGACUACCAGAAGCUCUACGACCUCAAAUCCCACAACCUGUCCCACAGCGGUCGCGGUCAACUUCAACGUGCGCGUGACCACGCAGUUUGGUGAUACGAUCAAAGUGGCCGGAAAUGUCGCAGAGCUCGGGAAUUGGCAGCCCAAUAACGCCCGCGCAUUGGAUGCCGCCGGCUACUCGACCAGCAAUCCCGUGUGGAGUGGGGUAGUAAAUCUACCCGCUGGGCAGACGGUGCAAUACAAAUUCAUCAACGCAAGAACCGACGGGAGCAUCAGCUGGGAGAGUGACCCCAACCGCAGCUACAGUGUGCCCACAUGCCAGGCGAGUGCGACCGUCAGCGCGACCUGGCGGUAA